UAUACGUACAUAUUGGGAACGAAGUUGCCUGUCCUUCCGCUCAUGCGUCCCGCGCGCAUUAACCCAUGAUUCUUUUAUCAAUACGAUACCUCGACAUUCCAUCGACUAUCGACCUAAAACUAGGCAUCUGGACUAUCGAUAUCUAGCUGCGUGUCGAGAGCGUUACGUUCGGCUUUGUAACGAAGCGGCAUAACCUCCAAAAUUGAACGAGACACAUAACCUGUGAUUUUCUAUGUUGUUCGGUAAAAAUGUUAUUCUACUCGUUUUUCAAAUCUUUGGUCGGGAAGGACGUCGUAGUGGAGUUGAAAAAUGACCUGAGUAUUUGUGGUACCUUACACUCUGUGGACCAGUAUCUGAACAUCAAGCUCACAGACAUCAGUGUGACGGAUCCAGAUAAAUAUCCUCACAUGUUGUCAGUGAAAAACUGUUUCAUUCGUGGUUCUGUAGUGAGGUACGUUCAACUUCCUGGAGACGAGGUUGAUACACAGCUUUUGCAAGAUGCUGCACGGAAAGAGGCAGCUGUACAAACCCGAUAACAAAUCAGUACCAGUAAUGCUUACAUGUAUAUUACGAUUUACAAUAAGACGUAUUAUAGACCGUUAUGUUCAGUACGGUUUGAUUGAUAAAGUUUAAUUUAUUUAAAUUUAAUUUACGAAACGGGUGUUUAUUCACGUUUGUAACAAAUCACUGAAUCUGUUGUCAACGGUUUGGCGAAAGUUCAAAGCAACAUGAUUGUAAGAAACUACAAAUAAAACUUAUUUUGUACGAAUA